AUGAUCAAGGGUCUGCGCGAUUGGCCUGUCGUCCAGCUUCUCGCAGAUCUGGAAGUCUCGGACCUAGCAGAGGUUCAAGCAAUGGGCCGCCAGCUUCCUUCCCAGCAUAUGGUGCGCUUUCUCCCCUCGCCGCAGGCCAUUCCGAACAUAGUGCUGCCUUACAGGGAGCCGCUCAGCGAUCACGACCGGGAAAUUGGUCGCUUCCACUGCACCACGGACUUCUUCGCAGAGGUGGAGUUCUGGCUGCAACAUGAAGGCCGUAAUCCUUCAGCAAGGCUGAUUGCAGUCGAGGUUGCUUGCUGGCUUCCAGACUGUUUGUUGUGGGCUGGGCAUCGCUUGCACGGGCGUCUUACUGCUGCGUGCCUGGAGGCAGACGACUUAGCAGUCACGGCCGGAAGACGCUCCGUGAAGUUGAAUGGCUUCGAGGGGCAGGUCCAGGUUCUACAGCGCCGGAUUACGAGUUCACCUGAGUCAGUGGAGUGGUACUGUCGAGACCAUGGCGACGUUCACAGUGAAGACAACAUCGAGAACAACGUGCACCUCUCAAACGACCGCAGAUGUUGGUUCAGAGAGGCAAGCGGUGUGAACGCCGGGAGUGAUCCUCUCGCCAGAAGUGUUGACGACGAAGUGAGCCGCCUUGGCUAUGAUAAGAUCGACAUCCUGAAGUUGUCCUUCUCUUCUGUAGACCUGCUAAGGACCUUUUUAGAAGGGUUGGGUGAAUACUUUGGCAUUGUCAGAAGGCCAAAUUGA